ACAUAAAAACAUAGUAUAUUAACCCUUAGCCUGCUGGCGGCAAGUGAUUCUGCCUUUGCGACCAGUGCAGACCAAGAUCAGCCUGCACAUCCGUGCAGUCUGAUCAUGGUCUGCACUGUUCGCUAUUCAGUCAGUAAUUUUUCAGUGAACACCCCUUUGAAUAAUAAGUGGUAUGGCCCAAAUUGAAUGAUGGACUGGUCCAUUUUAGAUAUUUAGCAGGGUAAGGGUUAAAGAGGAAAUCUAAGUAUCUAGCUUCAAAUACGCAGUCUGUUUCACAAUAUUGCACAUACAAUUGGAAAACUGUGUAUUUCAAGAAGGAAAGGUAUUCUGAACGGAAUAAAUGUGUUCACUAGUAAAACGGAUUCUGAGGUUCUGCCUUCAUAUGGAUAUUUCGUGCAUCUCUGUACAAAUGAAGCAAGAUGAAGACUAAAGACAUCAUGGAAUAGCUGAUAAGCUGUAAAUCAACAAGCGGACAUCAAGAUGCAAGCAAUUGCUGUGGUGAAAAACAAUGAGGAGGCGCAAGAAGAAACAAAUAACAGCGACGAAGAGGAAGUUUUUCCAAAAAUGACGUCAUCUAACAGCGCAAAGCGAAUUUCGUUUCCAGUUGACUCCAUUUUAAAUGCUGUGAUUCAAGAUGGCGAUGUUAUGGAAUUAUUACAUAUAUUGCGCUAUCGAAGUUCGGAAUUUGAUCUCAAUCAAAGGAAUCAUACGGGAUUAACAGCUUUGCAUUACGCUGUACUGACGAAUAAUCUAGAUUCAGUGAAGCUGUUGCUAAAUCAUGGCGCUAAUGUCAGUUCUCAGGACGAAUACGGGUUCUCUCCCUUGCAUACAGCGGCAGCGCUAGGAUUUCUACAGGUUACGACAUUGCUCAUCAUCCAUGGUGCGGAUGUGUUUUCAUUAACAAAUCAUUCGGAGCUGCCCAUAGAUCUAGCCAAAGACAUAUCAGUGAUAAGAAUUCUUUCGAGUGAAAUGUGUCUAAAACUGCAUUCAGAGCAGUAUGUUAAAUCAUUGAUAUUUCUUUCUGUGAGAAAAAUAUAUGCCAUGUUUUGUAAUUUUAUUAUUCAUAUUUUCAAAGGAAUUAUUUUUAUCGUGACAUUCGUUUAUCAAAAGUGUUGUGAAUUAAGAACUAGAUCUGCUAGCCAGUCUACGCUCAUAAUACCUCGUGAUGAUACCAAAUGUAAUCCAAGUGCAAAAAGUAGUAAAUUAGAUAUACAAGAGAAUGUUCAUGAAUGUGGCAGCAAAAAGUGUAACUGAUUAAAACAAAGACAUAAAACUACAUAUCAGCCGUUUUAUACUCUGUCUGUUUGUUAAACGGGAGAUAAAUAUUGAUUGCCAGACAAAAUCUUAAACAGAGGAACAUUAUUUUAUAACUUUCAUUGGUGGACAUUUAGUUAUUAUAUGGUAGUAUAUUUUUCAGUUUUCAGAUGUUGUCAACAAAAGGAAUGAUCCGAGUAUAAAACAGUUAAUGAAAAUGUCAUUGUAUUUCGCUAUAUAUAUGCCUGUUCAGACUACA